CCGGCCUGCAGCCCUGGGGCCUUCCUCUGGCCCAAUCGCCCGUGGGACCGGCGCUCGGGCCGCAGUAGCCUGGCCAUUCCCAGGAGGGCUGACAGGAGACAGCCCAGCUGGGUCUGCGGGCAGUGCUGGCCGGGAGAACCAAUCCUCAGGGAAGGCAGAGCCUCCCUGUCAUUGCUGGCACCCUGCCUCGAAGACUCCAGUCCUGUAGGCAGAGCCUUGUAGUCUGUCUUGGUUAAUGACUUGGGCCGCCUGACCAGUCCCUCUGUGCCUUGUCUGAGGUCCUCUUUCGUACCUGAUCCCGGGCAACUUCUCUCUCUGUUGUGGGUCACCUUAAGCGGGAAACUGAAGCCAUUACUCUCCAAACCCUGUUUCAUCUUUCCAAGCAUGUCGGAAAGCUGGCAGCAGCCGCCACAGACACAGCCGCAGCAGCCGCAGCCACCGCAGCCGCAGCACCACGCGGAACCACCGCCGGCCCUGGCUGAGCACACACUGCCCCCAGGCACGGCUGAGAACCCCCUGGGCUGUGCGGUCUAUGGCAUCCUCCUGCAGCCCGACCCAGGCCUGCAGCCCCCGCAGCACGCGCCGUUGCAGGCAGCAGGAGAGCCGGGCCCCAAGUGUGGCGUGUGCGGUCACGACCUGGCGCACCUGUCCAGUCCGCACGAGCACCAGUGCCUGGCGGGCCACGACCGCUCGUUCCAGUGCACGCAGUGUCUCAAAAUCUUCCACCAGGCCACCGACCUGCUGGAGCACCAGUGUGUGCAGGCAGAACAGAAGCCUUUUGUCUGUGGCGUCUGCAAGAUGGGCUUCUCGCUGCUCACGUCGCUGGCGCAGCACCACAGCGCACACAGCGGCACUGGCGGCCUCGUGAAAUGUUCCAUCUGCGAGAAGACCUACAAGCCCGCCGAGGCGGCAGAGGCCGCGGCCACUGCCGCCCCGUCACUGCCCCCAGCACCCCCUCCGCCUGCCGUCGCCCCUGCUGAACAGGCCGACAAGCCCUACAGCUGCCCCAUCUGCCAGAAGCCCUUCAAGCACCUGUCGGAGCUCUCGCGGCACGAGCGGAUCCACACAGGCGAGAAGCCCUACAAGUGCACGCUGUGUGACAAGAGCUUCAGCCAGUCGUCCCACCUGGUGCAUCACAAGCGCACGCACAGCUCGGAGCGGCCGUACAAGUGCGCGGUCUGCGAGAAGACCUUCAAGCACCGCUCUCACCUGGUGCGCCACAUGUAUGCGCAUUCGGGCGAGCACCACCUGUUCCGCUGCAAUGUGUGCGAGCUGCACUUCAAGGAGUCUUCUGAGCUGCUGCAGCACCCCCCCUGUAAAGGGAGCUGGGCCAUGAGGGACCAGCAGCUCAUGGGUGGUCAGAAGCUGGGGCCUGGGCCUGGGAAGCAUGAGCACUUGCUCAGCCCCGGUGGAAAGCCAGGGCCUGCCUGGGCAGCCUACAAGUGCUGCCCCCGAGGACUGCCCGCUCUCACCUCGUUCCACUUGCCCUGUCACACGGUGAUCCAUCUACAUGUCCGACCCAGCCGCCGUCAUCUCUGCCUUCCUGCACCCCCACCUCUGUCUCCCGACCCCUGCCCGGCUGUGUGCCAACUGCAGUUCAGGCUCCUGUUUCUCAAAGGCAACACUGGAGGCGAGGAGAGGAAGGGAGAAACAACCCCCGCUCCAGGCCUGGACGUCUGA